UUUCUUGAGGCUGACACGAUUUCCGCAUAUCGUCUUUAGUGGCUGGAUGAUCACUUACGUUUACUACACAAUGAAACUCAAAUAGGCUACUUUGAAACAAUAUAGCUAUUUCACCAAAUCUCACCAGCUGCUCCCAAUCACAUAUCACCAUGAAUUUAAGAACGCGGAGACAAAUUGGACUGGAUUUUUAUGAAUUCUUGCAAGAAACAAAUCGAACAUCAGUCAAUGACAAAAGUGAACUCCGAGACAUCUACAACUCAGAGUUUCGAAACAGGGAUGGAGUGAGAGACCCUAACUUCAGUUCGAUCCUCUACGCUCUCAAGCUGUCCAAUAAUGCCAAAGUCUACUCAGGAGUGGUGCACUUCAAACCAAAGGUGAGGGAGUUCUGUCAGGACCAGUGGCAAGGACCCCGGGGAAAGGGGCGUGGCCAGAAGCAGCAGGGGGCGUCUAGUUCUUUUCCUGUUCAGAAUGGAGGCCAGGUGAACGGGGUGGGGCAGAAGAAUGGGGUGUGUGUGGCGCCCUCACCUGGCCCAGCCCAGACAUCACACACCCCCAGGAGAGACUGGAGACUGGCCAAUUACAUCCUCAGGAAGUUCAACUCUGACAGAGCGGAGUUGAUCUCAGACCGUGGCGGUAUAAGCAUCACUUCUGAUCACGUUGUUGUAGACGGCCUGAUCAAGUUCAGUCUGGAGAGUGAGACAGAGGUGUACGUAGUUCGUCUGUUCCUAAAGAACUCCUCCUCUAGUCCUCUCUCCUUCACCUACUACUCUGCUCUGCACAGGAUGACCUGCUUCAACCUGCAGGACAUGCACAAAGUCACCCGCAACAACCCUCUACAGCUGGGACCAGGUGACCAGUAUGAGGUGCAGCUCCAGUUCCGGUCCAGCCUCCUGGGUUUCUAUCCAGCCACUCUGGUCUUUGAGUUUAAACCCUCCCUCUCCUCCUCUCCUGCCUUCCACCUGCUGCGGUUCAUCGAGGCCCAGUAUGUGACGGGGUUGGCCAGGGAGCUGGCCCCGACUGCGCCCUACCGACCUAGAGCUAUCAUCAGCGCUACAGCUUCUCUGCCUUACACUGUAGAGGACGGGGAACCACCUGAGAGUCUCUCAGCCAACAACCUGAAGCCCAUGGUGCGUCUCCAGGACUACAAGGUUCCAGGAUAUGUCAGAGAUCUGAUCAAGUUCCUCAAUGGAUACUACUCCUCCUCUACUCCUUUACUGGAUGCUCAGUCUGUCCUAGAGUCAGGUCUGAGUAGAGAGAAUUACUCUAAACGGUUCCAGCUGCUGCUGUAUCUGGAGGAGCUACAGAUGGAGGUGGACAUUAAGAGAUACAACAAGCCCAACACUCCCAUGGUCAGAGACAAGACCAACAAGAAACUACUGGUGCUAGAGGUACCAGGUGUGUCAGAGAACCGUCCGUCUGUCCUGCGGGGCGACUCCUUCCUGGUGACGAGGUCAGAUGACGCUAAUAAGCGGGACGUGGUCAAAUACCGUGGUUACGUCCACCGUGUGGAGCUGGACUCCGUCAAACUGGGAUUCAACAGCAAGUUGCUGUCCUCCUUCGUGGAUGGUCUGAGGUUUGAUGUGGAGUUCACAAUGAACCGUCUGACCACUAGGCUUCAGCAGAGAGCAACAGAGCUGGCUGACAGACACAGCCUGGGGAACGUACUGUUCCCCUCUGGAGAUCAAACUAUCAAACUACCCAAAAAACAACCUCUCAAGUUAUAUGACAAGGCUCUAGAGCAGAACCCAGAACAGUACACAGCAGUCCAGAACAUCGUAGCUGGAUCCUCCCGACCGGCUCCUUACCUGGUGUUUGGACCACCUGGGACAGGUAAGACUGUGACGGUGGUUGAAGCUAUCAAACAGGUGCUGAAGACACAGGCCCACGGCCACAUCCUGGCGUGUGCUCCGUCCAAUAGCGCGGCAGACCUGCUGGCUCUGAAGCUUCUACAACACCUGGAACACAGGAAGCUGUUCCGGAUGUAUGCCGCGUCCCGUAACCCUAAUGAUGUGCCCAAUGAAAUACGGGCCUGCUGUAACCUGGAUCAAGAUUGCUUUGUGUUUCCCUGUAAAGAGGAACUGAUGAAGUACAGCGUCAUGGUCACCACCCUAAUCACUGCCGGACGGUUGGUGACAGGUGGUGUUCCUCUGGGUCAUUUCAGUCACGUGUUUGUCGACGAGGCAGGACACGCUGUUGAAACAGAGACCAUCAUACCACUGGCUGGGCUGCUCCAACCAGAGACGGGUCAGGUGGUUCUGGCUGGAGACCCUAAACAGCUGGGACCCAUCCUCAGGUCUCCUCUGGCUCUGAAACACGGCAUGGGUGUGUCUCUGUUGGAGAGGCUGAUGAAGGGUGUGAGUCUGUAUCAGAAGGAGGAGGAGACAGGAGCGUUCAACAACUGCUACGUCACCAAACUACUGAGAAACUAUAGGUCUCAUCCCUCUAUCCUGAAGGUGCCUAACGAGUUGUUCUAUGAGGAGGAGCUGCAGGUGUUUGCUAACGAGAUGAUCCGGAACUCCUACUGCACCUGGGAACACCUGCCUCAGAAUAAUUUCCCGGUGGUGUUCCAUGGUGUAGCUGGUCGUGAUGAGCGAGAGGACACCAGUCCAUCUUUCUUUAACGUGGCGGAGGUCGAGGUGCUGAUGGACUACCUCAAGAAGCUGCUGCAGGGGCAGGGCAAGAGGGGCCUCGCCACAAUCUCACCCAAAGACAUCGGCAUCAUCGCCCCCUAUAGGAAACAGGUGGAGAAGAUCCGUAAAGCCUUGAAGACGCUGGAGAAAGACUUCAAAUCUACCAGCAUCAAAGACCUGAAGGUGGGAUCAGUGGAGGAGUUCCAGGGUCAGGAGAGGAGGGUGAUACUGGUCUCAACGGUCCGCAGUAGCGCCAAGUACGUCCAGACAGACCAACACUUCAGCCUCGGCUUCGUCAAAAAUGAGAAGCGGUUCAACGUGGCGGUGACCAGAGCCAAAGCCCUGCUGAUCGUGGUGGGAAACCCCUUAGUGCUGCGAGGAGACCCCACUUGGGGCAGGUUCCUCCAGUUCUGUUCCCAGGCGGGGGGGAAGACAGGGUUUGACUCCUCCCAGGCUGAGGGAGAGGAGGAGGUGGUGGAACGACUAGCUGCCCUCUGCUUACAGGCUGAGCCCCAAGUGGAGACAGAGGAGAGUGAGGUUCAGCAACAGAUUGAACCAGAGUGGAGGAACGAGCAGUGAGAGACACACACACACCUCAUGCAGGCACAUCAUAGAGGAGACCCAACAACAGUACUCUUCUUGCUAACAGCUAGAGACACCAAUGACAUCAUCCCUAGAACAGAUGUUUUCAAAGUGUGAGGCACGCUUCCUCCAGAGAGUUUCAUGUAAGGAAAGCUAAAUAAAACGGUAUUCAGUUCUCUAAUAAUGAAUAAAUAUUAAGCCUGUUUCUAACUAUAGGCAGGGGGGGAAAACACACAUUUUUUAAGCAGUUUUAAUGGCUACAUUUAAAAAGAGGGUUGUCCCAGCUUUUGGUUGUCUUGCUGUUCUCUGAAUGAAUGCCCACUGUCUCAGACUUUGAAAGCGUCUGCCCUAGUACUACUGCACUAAGUAACAUUUGAUACCAGGCCAAAGUUAUUUAUUGUAUAAUUUCAAUACCAGAUCCAGCAGUUGUUACCAUAUAGUUUCCUACUUAAUACCAGGUGAACUUCCUAUGAGAUCUAUCAGGACCAGUCCUCUAGGAUAAAGUGAAUGAAUUUAUACAAUGACUUUGUACCCUCCAUCUAUGCUGGUGCUAGUUUUAUUAGUUUGAGUCUGUUGUAUGUAGUCUUAUAGACAGAGACUGAGGCCAGGAUUCAAUCCCAUCACGUUUUGUUGGCUAUGCACCUUUUAAAGGCAAUGUUCCUGCAUUCGCGGAGACUGCAUGAAUGGUAAUAGCUGCAUAUGUCAGCUCAAUCAGAAAUAAUAUUUUAAGGCCUACUCCAGUCUCCAUUCCCCAAAUGUAUAACCUGAUUUACUUAACAAAAGGCACAUCUCAAUGGGUGGACCAGGUAUCCUCAUGACAUUGCACAAGUUGGGGGGUGGGCCUUUCCUCUUUUGUUCUCUAUUGCUCCUCAAGCAAGGGGGAGGCCGAUGACACCACAAAGUCCCCAUCAUACCAACUCCGUGAAUGCCCUACUCCUUGAAGUUUGCAGUUUUGUAAAAAAAAAAAACUAUUUUGCUCAAAGUAUAUUUUUUUUAAACCUGGAGUAUGUGUACUUUACUGUAUUUAUUCUUGGAUGUCGCUUUUCAACAGGAAGCAUUAAAAAAUAAAUCAUUGGAGGACGUCUUUAAAGAGAUUUUGGCAAUUAAGCUUGAGAUUUAAAAGGAUAGUGCGAGAUUUUUGCAAUCAAGUCCUUUUUCUACUUACCCAGAGUCAGAUGAACUCAUGGAUACCAUUUGUAUGUAUCUGUGUGCAGUUUGAAGGAAGUUUAAGGUAAUUUCGCAGGCGAUUGCUAACUAGUGUUUGUGCAAUGAACGCUAGUUAGCAACAUCCUUCAAACUACACCCAGAGACAUAAAAAUUGUAUCCAUGAGUUCAUCUCAUGGAUGUCUGUAUGUCUGAGGUUCAGGCCUUUACAGUGUUAGCCUAGAGGUUCAGUUCCCCUUGAAUUCAUCAAACUAUUUCUCUGUGUGUCUGACCUUGUUGAUGUAAUCUAAGAUAAACUGGAAUAAAUCAUUAUUAUAUGUCUGA